AUGACUUCAGAUAUUCAUAGGACAAUCAAGGACAUCAUACUUUUCCAAGGUCCUAAGCCUGCCCCAUUGGACUGGACUAUAGUUCGUGGCCCCGAAGGCAGAUUUGCCCGUGGCGGCCCUAGUUCUUCCGCCGCAUCUGAGCGUGCAGGAGGAAGUUUUACCACAGCGUACUACAUGGCUGUCAUUGGCUCUACCUUGUUGGCGGAUAAGACCAGGACUGGCAUGCGACCUCACCCGAUAGUUGUCGUCAACGACGAUGAACAGGACGUGGCUUGGGGUGCGGUGACUUUGGCGUUCUUGUACAGGCAGCUCGGAAUGGCAUCUAGGGCUGGUUGCAAGACCAUUGCUGGAUGCCUCACAUUGCUCCAGACAUGGAUCUAUGAGUACUUCCCCGCUUUCCGCCCUCAUCCUCGCCGAGAUGAUGUGCCAAACACGACUAGGGCGGAGAUGUGGACGCCGAAGAAAGUAGGUCGUGAGCUGGACAGGUUGAUAUCAUUCCGCAAGGUUCUGGACUCAAUGACAGAGACUCAGGUUGAAUGGACUCCCUACAAUUGUGGAGCUGCUGCGUUGCUGAAUGAGCACCCACGCACCACAGUCAUCGGGGGUAUCACCUGCUUUGAUGUUGUGGAGGUGUAUUUGCCGGAGCGGGCAUUGCGACAGAUUGGGUUCGUGCAGUGUAUUCCUCCAGCUCCUAUGAGACCAGCCAAGAGACUGAACCUAAUUACGUUGAAUGGUUCAGAGUUUGCUCGCACCCGUACAUAUCCCGAGACGAAUUGCUGGCUUCCGGUCCUGGUCCUGUUCGCGAAAGAAUGGGCCAGUCGAUUCUCUCCAGUGGCAAGACUACCUACGCGGCUUGCGGAUUUGAACUCCCGUCAACGACAUGCGUUAGAAAUAUACCUUAAUGAUUGUAGAGAAUUAUAUGAUCAAUGGCAAACUGAUCAAGGGCAAGGCCCUGAAUAG